AUGCAUCCUCUUGACCCCCUCACGUCGGCCGAGAUCACUCUCGCAGCCACGCUCAUAAAAAAGCACAACCCAGAGAACAGUGUCCAUUUUAAAAACAUCACACUGAUCGAGCCGCUCAAAAAAGACCUGAGGAAGUUUCUAGCUGCGGAACGGAGCGGCGCUAGUUUGUCAACUCUUCCUCGCCGGGUAUCCGCCUUGUAUUAUCACAGAGGAACUGCCGACUUGUUCUACACCGCAGUGGAUUUGGGUGCCUCGGCGAUAGAGCGGGUGGAGAAGCUCGAUCCACGAUACCAUGGACAAGCCGACAUGGAUGAAGUGGUUGAAGUGAGGGAUAGGUGUUUGAGCCAUCCCAAGGUGAUUGAGCGGAUUGAAAAGUACCGACUCCCCGAAAACUUGAGUAUUGUUUGCGACACCUGGCCUUUUGGACGUGAUGAAGAAAAGCAGAACAGGAGACUUGCACAAUGCUUUCUUUACGCCAAAGAUCGGUCUCAUCCAGGCUCCAACUCUUACGAUAACCCCCUCCCAUUUUCCCCCAUUAUUGACUACAUCACCAAAGAACUUGUCGACAUCAUCGAGUUGCCCAUUGGGGCAGAUCACAGUGUGACGCCAGACGUCCAAUACAUUCCCCAUCCGCCCAAGGAAUGGCACCACGACCUUCAAUCCGAGCCCAAGCGAGCAGAUCUCAAGCCUCUCACUGUCCACCAACCGGCGGGUGCUUCAUUCACUGUCGAUGGGCAUCUCGUGCAGUGGCAGAAAUGGCGGUUCAGAGUUGGCUUCAAUUGGCGUGAAGGCAUGGUGCUGCACGAUGUGACGUACGAUGGGCGGGAGCUGUUCCAUCGUCUCAGUCUGAGCGAGAUGUUUGUGCCCUACGGCGAUCCCAGGUCUCCAUACUCGAGGAAGAGUGUUUUUGACGUUGGAGAUAUCGGAGCUGGCGUUGCUGCAAACAAUUUGGCACUGGGAUGUGACUGCUUGGGACUCAUCAAGUAUUUCUCCUUUACACUAAGCGAUUGGAACGGAAACCCAGUCCAAAAGCCAAACGCCAUCUGCAUGCAUGAGAUUGAUGAUGGGAUCGGCUGGAAACACACCGAUGGUGCUACAAAGCAAGUCUCCAUCGUGCGAUCUCGCGUUCUGGUCUUGCAAACCAUCAUCACUGUUGGCAACUACGAAUACAUCUUCAUGUGGCACUUUGACCAGGCCGCCGCGCUUCAUUAUCGAAUCCAAGCAACUGGGAUUCUAUCCACCGUCCCUAUCGCUCCCGGGGCCAGAGUGCCAUGGGGUACGAACGUCAACCAUGGAGUAAUGGCGCCUUACCAUCAACAUGUUUUCUCUUUGAGAAUUGAUCCUGCGAUCGACGGAGAUAAGAACAGUUUCAUUGAGGAAGACUCCGUUGCUAUGCCUUUCGACGAAAACAACCCUGUUGGCGUGGGUUACAUCACCGAGAAGCGAGUUCUCUCCAGCUCGGGCUUUUCUGAAGCUCAACCAAACCGAGUCCAUAAAAUCAUCAACCCAUCCGUCAUCAACCAGAUUACAGGCAAUCCUGUCGCGUAUGCCAUUCACAGCCCCCAGAAGCAGAUGCUACUAGCCCAUCCGCAAUCAUGGCAUGGAAAGCGUGCAAAGUUUGCUCUGCAGCCAUACUGGGUCACCUCGUAUCGCGACGGCGAACUGUACGCCGCUGGAGAAUACACCUACCAAUCGCUUCCGGACGACGUACCAGGCGGUAAUCCUCUGCAGAAGAAGGGCGAUUUGGCUGCGUGGGCUGGUCGAGGCGACAAGGUUGACGACGAGGACAUUGUUUUGUGGCACUCGAUCAGCUUGACGCAUAACCCUCGCCCAGAGGAUUACCCUGUCAUGCCUUGUGAGACGAUGACAGUGAGCCUGAAGCCGAGUGGGUUCUUUGAGCAAAACCCUGCCUUGGAUGUUCCACAGAGUACUCAAAAGGCGAACCAAAGCGUGUUAUACAAGGAACGGCAACCCCCACUGGAGGAGAAAAGCACCAAAGUUUGCUGCGAGUCCAAGCUUUGA